GGGUGCUGCUCAGCUUGCAAGAGGCAUAAAUGAAUGUUGAGUGUGUUGGUGGUCUUCUUUAAAAGGGCUCGCAGCAGUGUGCAAAGUCAAAUCUGUUUCAGCUACGGCCACACAAUGACGAGACUCACAUUUAUCUCACUUUUGGUUGUAACUGCCAUGGUGUCCACGGCCACUGCUCAAGGUGGGAUUUCAAGUUGCUGUCAGAAAAUCUCAAAUACCCAAGUCCACCGAGACCUGCUGAAGAGUUACUACGUGCAGCAGCCGCCGUCAUGUUCUUUAACAGCAGUGGUAUUCACCACAGUGAGCGGCAAGAGAAUCUGCUCCACCACCUUAAAACUGUGGACACAGACCAGCAUGGCUUAUCUCGAUGGAAAGAACUGGCAUAGAAUACAUAAUAACACACAAAGGAAAUAGUGAUACAAUAUACAUGUUCCCCCAUAAUGACAGUACUAUUGCAACUACAGAAUUUGCCAAGGACUUUGAAUGUCUGCUUAUUUGACCUUAUCUUACGUAACUCUUGUGAAGUUAAUAUAAUAUCAGUUUUCUUCAUUUGAUAUCUGCCUGUAAAUAUGUAAAUAAAUUAUUAUUGCCAUUGUAUAAUGAUAUGGACUGAUAUUGGGUAAUA